AGGGAAGUUUACUGAGUAAAGCCAUUUUAUACAAAAAAUAUUCUGGUUUCCAUUUACAUCAACAUGCUUACUAAUUUAUCAGUACUUUUGAUUUUAAAAGUUUAGCAUCAUUCGACAGUGGUAAACACUGAAAACUGUUCAGCAGCAGACCGACAAAAAACGAGAAACUUCAGAACAUCUUGCGAAAAUGCUAACAUUUUGGAUGGGCAAAGGAAGACGCAAAAUUUGUUUACAUUUUUCAAUUCACUUGCGAAAACAAAUUGAAAUUAAAAACAUAAUUUAAAGGCCGAUUGAAAGCGUCAAAAUGGGAAAAACAAAAAGGGAAUAUUCAUCUGACUCUCAUUCUUCAUCAGACAGUUUUAAAACAAAAAACAAAAGAAAAGAUAAAAAACAUUCUAAAAAAAAAUCUAAAAAACAUAAAUCAGACAAAAAGAGAAAACAUGAUUCAAGUUCAGGUGAUCAAUCUGAUGCUUGGAUAGAACAUAAUGUAGAUAAGAAGAUUCCUGAAGCAAAAAAUGUUCAACGCGAUAGUUGGAUGUCAUCUGAUAAUUUUUUCCUUCCUACAUUCUCAAAAGAAAAGUCAAAUUCAAAUAAAUCGGCAACCGAAACAGCACAACAUCUAGUAUAUGAUCCAGCAACUUCAUCACGAGAAUUAAAUCCGUAUUAUAAGACAGGUGAAUGUGGAAUGCCUUCAACAUUUCCGAGUUUUAAAAAACCAAAUGAAUUAGAUGACUAUGAAAGUUAUAGAGAAAGAGAUUCCGUAUUAAAAAGUGCACCGGCUAAUAGCUGGAGAAAACCGAGGAAUGAAGAAGGUGUUCAGAAACCUUGGUCAGGAAGUAAAUGUAGUGAAUCUCCUAUGGAAAAAAUAGAAACCAUGCCACCAGAAAAAUCAGAUUCGUUCAAGAAAAACGAAACUAUGGAUUCUCAUUCUACAACUGACAUUUUAACUGAUUUACAAAUGAACGAAAUCGGAGCAAAAAUGAUAAAAGCUGAACUUAUAGGGAAUUUUGCUCUAGCAGAGAAGUUAAAAAAGAAAUUAGAGCGAGCAAAAAUGUUGGCAUCAUCUAGUAAAACUCUUCCACAAGAUUCACUCAAAGGAAAAGUUAUUUUAACAAAUACUGGUAGUGCUGGUACAUGUCGGCCACUUGUAGAAGAUAAAAAUAAGGGCAGACGACCGCAAGAAGGAAGAAAAAAGAGCAAAAAUGUUGAAACACACGAAGAUGGUGAAAGAACAAAAUAUUAUCCAGAUGAUGGAAAAUAUGACAUCAAACAAAUGAUGAGCAAAGAUCAUGUUAUUCAUAUUGGAAAGAAAAUCUAUCUUGCGAUUCCUUAUUACGAAGGUCUGGUUAAUCAUCAUCUUGUAAUUACACCAUUUCAACAUAUCCCAUGUUCAACAAUUGUUGAUGAAGACAUUUGGGAAGAAGUUUGCAAUCUUAAAAAAGCUCUUACGCAGUUUUUCCAUAACCUUAAUGAAGAUAUUGUGUUCUUUGAAACUGUAAAAUAUCUAAAUCGUCGUCCUCAUAUGGAAAUUAAUUGCAUUGCAAGCCGUGAUAUGGAAAUGAUUCAAUUUUAUUUCAAGAAAGCAAUUCAAGAGUCAGAAAAAUCGACUUUAAAUAGAAAAUUAAUCAACAUUGAAUCAGACAAAAAUAUUCGACGAUCUGUCCCGAAAGGUUUGCCUUACUUUUGGGUCGAUUUUGGAUCUACAGGGAUGGCUCACAUUAUAGAGAAUCAAGAAACCUUUCCGACAAAUUUUGCACAAGAAAUCAUUGGUGGAAUGCUGAAUUUAGAUGACAAGAAAUGGAGAAAACCUUAUAAAGAACGUCAACCAUGGAAACGAAUCGAUUAUUUCAAGUCAUUGUUAAAACCUUUACUUGAAACAGUUUAA